CUUUGUGUUUGAGGAGUGUUUGAUCUCUUGGGGCAUAGAUGCAACCCUUGUGAUCCUUUGUGGGCACUAGGGCCAGAUCUAGGUCCUCCACUUGGGGCUGGAACCAGUUCAAAGAACAGAAAUCCUUCUUUGGAUUCCUAAGUUCUGGACUGGAUCCUGGGGGCUGUUUGGGACGCUGGAUACGGUUUCUCUGAGCAAACUAGAGGAAUCGCAGAGAUCAUGCUUGCUGCAGUAGCCCAUCAUGACUUACUGCUAUACGGUGGGCUGUUGCUUGUGUUAUUGAGAACUGGAACUGCCUGGACACUUCUGAAUUUGACUACUACUGAAGUACAGGGCUGGUUUAGAGCUUUCUCUCUGGCGAUUCGGGAUGAACAGUACCCCUCGCUGGUUCCGUUCAAAUUGAAGGCGUUCACCGGUGAAUUUCCUCCAAUUGACUGCAUUUUCCUUUUCCCCUCACCACGGCGAGCAUAUCUACCCAAGGAAUCGUCUCUUCUCUUGACGAAAGGAAAAAAAGGGAGUGGGAAUCCCACCCCUCCCACCCCUCCAAAUGUGAGGAACUUGCGUAGCUUUCUCCAAGGUAUUGAGGAGGAUGUUGGGACAACCGCGGGAGUCUCUGCGUCUGGGUCUGGUGUUGAAGGUGAAGAGCUACUGCAUAAGGAAAAACCAGUGCUUCAAGAUUCUGUCCAGGAGGUGCUACACAAGGAUGUGAAUAUCCCUGCCACUGGCAUAUUCACUGCUGGGAACCAACCUACUGCAGAGGAUGUGAACACCCAUGCCAUUGCCACAUCCACUGCCAAAGAAGCUGGGAAACAACCUAGUGCUGCUGAUAGUGGGAAAGAAGCUGGAAACAAUGAUGUUAACAUCACUGCCAAAAAUUACGAAAAACCAGUGGUGAAAAAAUCUUUUGUAUCUUUGUUUGAGAAGAACAGGUCUGAAGAUAAGGGUAUGAAGCUUCAUACGGUUGAUAUGGCUGAGGAUGAUGAGGUCUUUAUUCAACCCGAAGACAUAACACCUAUGGAGGAGUUAUGGGGACCUUGCUUGGUUGGAUGUUUUACCGGAAGAUUCCCUAGCCUUGCUCCCAUCCAAACCUUGGUGGAAUCUUGGAAAGUGCCUUGCCAAUUCCUCCCUCACCACAAAGGCUGGGUUAUUUUUAAAUUCUUGACAGAUGCUGACAGGGAUUUGGUGCUACAUAUGGAUGAUCAUAGAAUCAACAAUAAGAAAUUCCUGCUUAAUAUUCCACAGGAUGGGUUUAUGUGGAAUGCAAAAUCUUUUUCCACUAUGCCGGUUUGGGUGAAGCUGGACGUUCCUUUGCAGUUUUGGGGUCCUAAUAGUUUGUCAAAAAUUGCCUCAAAACUGGGAAGACCACUCUUUACAGAUGGCCUCACCAAUAAGGUGGCUUCCAAGUUAACCUUGGAGGAAGAUCCCGAGGAUAAAAUGGCCUACAAGAAACCUAACUUCUGUAGAGUUCUUGUUCAUAUGGACCUCUCCAAACCCCCUCCUUCUUCUAUAAAAGUGAAUUUUGUUGGAGGGAAUUAUAUUCAACAUGUGGAGUAUGAGGACCUACCUCUUUAUUGCUAUUACUAUGAGAAGUUUGGACAUACUCCUUUUGACUGUGUCCAUCUCUAUGAAUUGGAAAAAAGGAAAGCUCAGGAAGACCAGAAACAUCUUGACAAAGCUAAGGUGGAACUCUUGAAGACAACACUCCUGGCAGAAACUAGGGCUGGACAAGGUAAGGAGACCAGGGUUAAUCAGGGACAGCACAAGGAGGGUGAUUCAGGCAAUAAGAAGGAGGACAUGGGUCAUAACAAGGGUGAUAAGGCUGCAAUUCCUGAUAAGAGGACCCCCACACAUCCUAACCCUGAUGAACCCUCACCUUCUUUCUCUAAGAAAGAUGAUAAUGAUGGAUUUACCCUUGUGGGAAAAGGAAAGGGAACCCUUACCACACACCCGUUGAAACCCCAAUACAAAAGAGAAACCCGAGGCAGUGGGCGUGGACAGACGUAUGGAUACAGGGGUGGCACAUAUCGAGGAGGAAGGGGUCCAGGCCCUAACUCUUAAUGAAAGUACUCUGUUGGAAUUUUAGAGGCCUGAAUAGGGCCUUUAAACAAAGUUUUCUGUGUAAAUAUAUUAUGGACCUUGGU